GAAAAGAAGAAGAAAAAAGGCAGCGGCAACAGAACACUACCCAUUCCGGGAACUUCCUGGCAAGCUAGGUGGUCUGGUCACACGUCACGUCUAAGCAAACACAAGCAAGUUUGAAAUGGCGGCGAGAGCUAGGGCAGCGGCGCCGUUCUGGCUCCUGGCCGCGGCCGCGGUCACGCUGCUGGUGGCGGCGGCGUCCGCGCAGUCCGGCGGCAGCAGCAGCGACGACUGCACGUCGGCGCUGGUGAGCCUGUCACCGUGCAUGGGCUACAUCAGCGGCAACGGCACGUCGGCGCCCAGCGCAUCGUGCUGCUCGCAGCUCAAGGCCGUGGUGCAGUCCAAACCGCAGUGCCUCUGCGCCGCCCUCGGCAGCGACGCCUCGUCCUCCCUCGGCGGCGUCACCAUCGACCGGUCGCGCGCGCUCGGCCUCCCCGCGGCUUGCAACGUCCAGACCCCACCCGUCAGCCAGUGCAACAACGGGUCGUCGGGCGGCGGAUCGAAGGCGACGCCUUUCCUGCCAUCUGGUGGUGCGUCGCUCGGGGGGCCGGCGGCUCUUGUGCUCGGGCUCGCCGCGGCUGCUGUUUACGCCGUGGCAGCUACGUGAGCGUUUGUGUUGUGUGAUUCAGGGAUCAGGAUGCGUUGCGUCGUGUCAACUUUCGCUUUUCAGAACGGGCAGGGGGGAUUUUGAGUGCUUUGUGUCUAUGGCUUUGUCGCAUUUGUGAAAUUGGUUGAUUCGGUCUACGGUCGCAAUAAAUUUGCCGUAAUGGUUUCACUU